CAUUUGCAAAAGAAAUUUACGUACACUACAACAGAAAGAAAUGGCCACCAAGUUCGUCCUCGUCUCGCUUCUCCUCCUCCAGCUUGCCGUAACUGCUUUCUCCGGCGUCGCUCAACAGAACCCUCACCACCAACCACACGGUAAACAGAAGACCGCACAUGAGCCAGGGGGUCCAGCAGGGGGAAUUCCAAAGCCAGGAAGUAAACCACAGGUUCCGUUCGGAGGAGCAGAUGAAGCACCUCACGAUGAUGGACCUGCAUCCGGCGGCCCUGGCAAGAAGUGGUGCAUAGCCAAAACUGUCAUUCAGAAAAGCCUUUUGAAGAAGGACUUUGAUGACUUGUGCAAAGAGGUCGAUUGCUCGCCUACAGACGGAAAAGGUUUAUGCUAUACUGAGUCCAUCCAAGCCAAAGCGUCCUUCGCCAUGAAUCUUAAAUAUCAAAAGAACGGUAAGAAGGAUGCUGACUGCAACUACGGUGGAAGAGCAGAGAUUGUCACCAAAGACCCAAGCUGGGCUAAGUGUGUGCUCGUCUCUAAUUAAGAGUUGAAGGCGAAACGAGAAGGAAAAUCAAAGCAUAUCAUUACUAGCUUUCGGGCCUUGAGCUCUAUACUUAUAUAAUUAGCAGCAAAUAAAUGUGUCGAGCAAUUUCUCGAUGUGAUUUUGUUUGAAAUAGGAUUAUUUUAUAAUAAAAGCAAGUAUUUUUUUGAA